AUACAACCAAAACGCGCACCCGCGCCCCAUCUUCACCUCCCUUUUCUCUCUCUAAAUCAGUGUCACAACUUGCCAACUACAGUUGCAGAGUUCACCUCGUCGCUCCAGCCAAUGUGCCCCUCCGCUGGAUCUCCCUACUAGAUAAUAUCUUAUCUCGCCGAGAACGACGGCAGGGCAGGGCGCGCGGUAUAAGUCCAGCUGCUGGCGGCCGCCGUCUCGAUCGACACAAAGAGAGAGAGAGAGAGAGAUCUGAUCUUUCUUGAAGAGGAUGGCGCAUGGCAGAGGCAGUUGCCGGCGGCUGCAUGCGCGUCUACUCGCGGUGGUCGGGCUCCUCGCCUGCGCCGCCUUCGCGCCGCGCUCCUCGGCUCUCAACGUCGGCCUCCAGUCCGUCGACGCCGACGGCGAUGGCGUGAGCAAGCAGCAGGCGUGCAGCCGAACGUGCGAGUCCGACCACUGCACGACGGCGCCUUUCCUGCGGUACGGCAAGUACUGCGGCAUCCUCUACAGCGGGUGCCCCGGCGAGCGCCCGUGCGACGCCCUCGACGCCUGCUGCAUGCACCACGACAACUGCGUCCUCGUCAAGAAUGACUACCUGAGCACGGAGUGCAACGAGGGCCUGCUGGAGUGCCUGGCGGAGCUGCGGGACGGCACGGGCACCUUCGAGGGGAACAAGUGCAUGAUCGACGAGGUCAUCGACGUGAUCACCGUCGUCAUCGAGGCCGCCGUCGUCGCCGGCCGGGUGCUGCACAAGCCCUAGCUAGCUAAAUCGCGCACCACGGCGGCGCGCGCGGGGAGCCGGCGAGCUGGGGGGACAAGCAACAGCUUGCUCGGUAGGUGGGUGGUGCAUGCCUUUUCUGCUUGGUGUCGCUCACUGGCGGUGGGUGUUCGUCCUGGCGCGCACCGGCCGCGCCAGCGCCUCACGUACGUACAGUCUCGCACGGGAAUGACCUGGUUUGAUACUUUAGCUAAGAUCGACGGCUCUGAAUUGUAUAUGGGCAUGAUGAUUACCAUCACCUGCCUGAUUAAAUUUACAUGAGUUGGUACGUCUUUUGCCUACA